UAUCUUCAUGAUAGCGGAAUAAGCCACCGGGAUUUAAAGCCAGAAAAUAUUCUUCUUUCUGGACCCGAUAACCGCUGCCUCAUUAAAGUAACUGACUUCGGUUUAUCAAAGCUCGUUGAUAGCAAUACUAUGCUGCGUACAUUCUGUGGCACACCAACAUACCUGGCGCCUGAGAUUCUAGAGUCAGCUGGCUCUGGCGUUUAUACGAGUGCAGUUGAUGUCUGGUCUUUAGGCGUCAUACUCUAUAUUUGGUGA